AUGCCGUCCAGCCCCGCACCACAGUCUAGCAAUCAGACUCCUCAAGAUUCUCGCAUUUAUGUGAACACUAACGCUCCAUUCUCUGCCCUGGUCUGCGGCGUCCAGGGUUCGGGGAAAUCGCACACGGUAUCCGUGUUGCUUGAGUCCAUGAUGAUACCCGGGUACUCCCCGAUCGGCCUGUGCGAGAACCCCCUCUCUGGACUGGUUCUGCACUUCAGCGAAGGCGGUCAAGGCACUCUACCUUGCGAAGCAGCUUGGCUCGGAUGCGCCAAAGCUGACGACGACUUCGAUCCACCCUCUGUAAGAGUAUACGUCUCCAAAUCUGCUCUAUCGACCAUGAAGAAAGUCUAUGCACCUCUCGGGGAGCAUGUCAUCGUCCGCCCUCUGACGUUUUCGCAUUCAGAGUUGGAUGCGCAAGCAAUUCUGUCGAUGAUGGCGGUCGGCUCUUCCGACUCGGCACCGCUCUACAUGCAAUCUGUUUUGUCCAUAUUGCGCGAGCUUGGUGAAAACUUCACCUAUACCGCCUUCUUGGAUCGGGUUAGGGACGCCCAAGAGCUCAUGAAUCCUCACCAAAAGGGGGCGCUCGAUCAACGUCUGGCCCUGCUGGCCUCCUUUGUUGAUGCUGCGAAAAGCCGGAAAGGCUCCCUGUUCAAGGCCGGACGGUUGACUAUCAUCGACCUGUCGGACCCGUUCAUCGAUCCCGCCAGUGCAUGCUCAUUGUUCGAGAUUGUCACGCGGCUAUUUGUUCGAGCAGACCUGGACACAGGAAAAGUCCUAGUCGUCGACGAGGCGCAUAAGUACCUUUCUGCGAAUAACGGAAACUCCGGCCUGACCAAGGGUCUGACCUCGCUUAUCCGGCAGCAGCGCCAUCUCUCUAUGCGUGUGGUGAUCAGUACCCAAGAACCCACUGCCGUGCCCACUGUCUUAAUAGACCUGUGUAGCAUCGCGAUUUUUCACCGCUUCUCUUCUCCCGCCUGGUGGGACGCGGUGGCCAAGCGUGUGUGCGUGGAUGUCUCGAAUGAGCAGGGCUUCAACCAAGUCGUCAAACUGAAGACAGGACAGGCUCUCGUUCUAUGUCCGAGCGGCUUAGGGCUCUUCCCUACGGUACGGAAGACCGCAACGGGCACGCUCCUCCCAGGGAAGCCGAAGGUCUCCCAUAUCGGGCGGAGGUACCUCAUAAUCAAAACGCGAAAGCGCGUCACCCUGGACGGUGGCGCUUCGCGAAUGGCGCUCAACUAG